UGGAAAGUAAAGUUAAAGAAUUUCCUGAAAAUUUCCGAAUGAUUCAAAGUAUUGACUUUUUUUUAAUUGGAUUGUUCUAACAUAGACAAAAGAGAAAGACUGAGAAUAUAGAAGAAGAAAUCAGUUUGACAUUUCCCACAUAUUUGAAAGCUUUCACGGCUUCUGCGAUAUUUCAGCUCAUCUAAAUCUGCAGAAUCCUAUUUCUUUUUUUCCUUGAGUUUCUCUCUCUCGCCGGAUAUAAACCCUAUUUUUGGUCGGAAUUGUUGUUCGAAUUCGAAUGGGGACUCCGGAAUUUCCAGAUCUGGGGAAACACUGCUCCGUCGAUGUUUGCAAGCAAAUCGAUUUCUUGCCUUUCACCUGCGACCGUUGCCUACAGGUGUUUUGUUUGGAUCAUCGAAGCUAUAUGAAACAUAGUUGUCCAAAAGGCGAUAGAGAAGAUGUGACUGUAGUUAUCUGCCCACUCUGUGCUAAAGGAGUCCGAUUAAACCCAAACGAAGACCCAAAUAUAACAUGGGAGAAACAUGUCAAUACCGACUGUGACCCAUCAAACUACGAAAAAGCUACAAAGAAGAAGAAAUGUCCCGUUCCAAGAUGCAAGGAGUACCUAACUUUCUCCAACACCAUCAAGUGCCGAGAUUGCAAUGUCGAUCACUGCUUGAAACAUCGUUUUGGACCUGAUCACACUUGCCCUGGACCAAGAAAACUCCCAUUCAUGGGUUUCUUGAGUAGUAGUACCACCAGAAAAGAAGCUAAGACAACAAGACCCAACAAAGCUCAUCCAUCAACUUCAUCAUCUUCUUCUUCUUCGAGAUGGUCUAAUCUCCUAUCUUCAGCAGAAGCAGGAAUUAGCAGGCUCGGUAAUGACAUUAGCCAGAAGCUACAGUUUUCGAGCAGCAAAGAUAAUGGUAUCGUGGAGGUGUGUCCACAGUGCGGUGCGAAAUUCUCUUCGGUUACUUCUCUUGUGGAACAUGUAGAGAAAACACAUGAGAGGAACAAGAAGCAGAAUCAUGGCAAUGUCACGGUCGAUGUCUGCCCUAGAUGUAGCAGAGGAUUCCGCGAUCCAGUAGAUCUUGUGAACCAUAUCGAAAGAGAUCACCGAGGCACUUCGAAAGCAUAGGAACAUAUGCGUUUACAAGCCACACAUCACAACAUAACUUGUGAAAGGUACUCAAACAUCUUUGUAUUUUUCUUUUCAUAUUUGUACUGGUUUUAAACAACCAAAAAAAAUGUCACAUUCUUUGAAAAGUCAUGGACUCAUGUCCAGAAGUGUAGCCAGAAGUGUAGUAGACUAAUGUUAUCAUUAUCCUUGGGCCUUGGCCCUUGGGCUUUGGGUGAUAUGGUUUUUUCAAUGAACAAUAUGAGAAGAAAUUCAACGGCGACCAAUGUGGUUAAGUCCGUUAAAAAAUAAGGGUAAAACCGUAAAAGGUUACAAUUGGCG